GGUAUAUAUAUAUGCUGUCACUACACCACCUCGAGAUUCAAUUAGCAUUAACUUAAAAGAUACACAUACACAUACCAAUAUUAUUAAAGACACAUCUAGUACUAGCAAUAUGGGUUUGAUCAAAGAAAUGGGAACUCUAGACGAGCUCUGGACUGAGUCAGCGAAGGGAACUGCAUCAGGAGGCAAGGUAUUCCUCACCUUCACGUCAGACUGGUGCCCCGACUGCCUAAACUUGGUACCCCCAGCUACGAAGGCAUUCGAAGGACUUUCCGGCCCUAACGACAUCAUGUACCUUUUCAAUGUGGGCGAUAAAGAGGUCUGGAGGAACCCCGAAAACCCGCUACGCACUGACGAUCGCACCAAGCUGACAGCCAUCCCCACCAUCAUCGACAUGAACUCGGGUGUACGCCUGGUCGAAGGCGAAUGUACUGUGGACGCUGUAGAGGCCCUCCUGGCCUAAACGCUGCAUCGCCACCUCACACACGCACAACUCCAUAUAUAGUUAAACACAAGUACAGCCCUCUAUGAUGGUCGGGAGUGCGAUAAAUUGGCGUGUGCCAAUGGUAUGUCAGCAUUACAUCUGCACGCUAGACAGUGUGUCUCCAAGCAGCGAGCAUCGUAGGCGGUGGACAGCCUGUUCGUCGGUCGAGGCUGUCGUACUACAGAAUCUGUUUCGGACUACUCAGUCGAAGAGCACUGAAGGUUGACAAUAAAAACAACUAAAGAUAUCA